UACCGACUGCUAACUUGCUAAUGAGUUGCUGGUUUAUCUGUAGGAUUGUUAGAAUGUCGUGAUACAUAGAAUUUGCAAAAGUAAAACGGCCAUUUCAUCGAGGUUGUAGCUGUGGCCUCGACGUCAUCGAGCCGCGACGAGACUUUAGACCAAUCAGAAGUCAGAACUGAGACGGACGGGUUUUAUUGUGGGGGGAAAAGGGGGGUCGUGCGUGUGCAUGUCGGGUGUGGGGUCUGUUAUGGUGAACUGGUGCGUAAUAAGUCGGGUUUGUUUACUGUUUAUCGAAAGGACUAAAGUAAAUACUACUGAGUACCGAAGCGAUCUCGUGUAAACAGUCGGAUUGACGGGAUUUCGUGAUGAACUCGAAGCGAAACAAUGCGGGUGAAAAUGGAGGAGGAGGAGGAGGAGGAGGAGGGCGCAUGAACCCGGUGAACGAGACCCAGGCGGUCGGUACGCACCGGAAACCGGGCAGCGCGAGCGCCCCGGGUAAAGCCGGUGCACGAGCGGACAGGGUGGAUCACGCGCACGACACCAGGAACACCGUGACUGUGUCCUCACUCCGAUCCCGUCUCGGUCCCACCAUCAGGUCCGCUCUGUCCUCCGCCGUGGAGACGCUGCUGGGAGAGAUCGCGGCGGUGAUGUCGGAAACCGAGGACGAGCUGCUAUCCAAAGAGCGUGAGAACGAGAGGCUGAAGGCUCGACUAGACGCAUCCGAGCGCGAGCUGAAGACGCUGCAGGAAUGCCUGUGCAGCGCUCAGAAGCUGAUCGAUCAGCUGCAGGGUCCAUUCAGCAGCCAUCCUCCUCUUCCUCCUUCCAUGACCGGGCAGCACGGCUACGCCAACCAGGCGCAGCCCACGAACGCGGCUCGCCUGACGCACCGUGGUGCAGGAGACGACACAGACCCACGCUGUUUCGCCAACAGCGAGGCAGAGCUGAGUGGUGCGCUCGGAGACGCCAUUCACGGCUUCGAAGCCAGGGACGAGUUCAAAAGCUGCCACCUGUCUAUCCAGGCGGACGGCACUGUCACCAACAGCUACUACGAUCCCAUGGCCGUGCACAAUGCCGGCAUGUGCCACGACGUCAACAGGGCAGGUGAGAUGAGUGAUCGACGGCUGUCUCACCCUCCCUCACACUCUCCUUAUGGGGUGAAAGAGGAACAGGCUCCCACGUCAGGGCCAGUGCGCGUCAGAGGUGACGCCGAACACGGUGGCCAGAGCGAGUGCGACCAGGGUUAUGCCCAUGUAGUAGAGGAGCAAGGAGUUCCACGUUCCCGGAGACAAGCCGCUAAGCACGCUCCCUCUUCUGGCUCGCAUAACGGCCCUUCUUCAUCUUCCACCGGAACACCUCCACAGGGGCCGUCCGGUCUCCGUGCCUCCUCCAGAGCCGUGUCCGCAGCGUCCUCUAGACAGAGCCCCGGUACGAGCGACUCCUCCCCUGACGGCCGCCGGCGUCGACGCCCAGCCUCUGAGCUGAUGGGUGAGGUGGCCGGUGAGCGGCCGCACCUGUGUCUGGAGUGUGGCAAGACAUUCCGUCUGCUCUCGAGCUUGAAGAAGCACCUGCGCAUCCACACCGGAGAGAAGCCGUACCCGUGCAGCGUGUGCGGACGACGAUUCCGCGAAUCUGGCGCGCUCAAGACGCAUCUGCGUAUCCACACGGGCGAGAAGCCGUAUGCGUGCAGCGAGUGCGGCGCACGUUUCCGCCACCUGGACGGCCUCCGUAAGCACGGCCGCACGCACACUGGUGAGAAGCCGUACGCCUGCGGGGUGUGCGGGAAACGCCUCAGCCGCUUGCAGCACCUCAAGCAUCAUCAGCGCAUCCAUACUGGCGAGCGACCGUGCCGAUGCCCUCUGUGCCAGCGCUCGUUCCAGGAUGCCGCUAGCCUCAGGAAGCAUCUGAUCAGCGUGCACCAGGGAGAAGCGGGUGCCGAGGAAGCCCACGAGAGGCUGUCGGCCACCGAGAUCGGAGAGCACGAACUCCAGGGCUCAGUGGAGGACGAGGAGAUGAGGUUUGAGAUGUGGGAGGAGGAGCGUGAGGAAGGUGACGCCGCCGUGGACUGCGUGUAGAAUUGCUUAGAAAAAGAAAAUCACCCAAGAUUCCGAUGACGGCAAAAUGCUGAUUUAUUAUUAUUUUUUAUUAUUAUUUUCGUGUCAUGAACUCAACAUGGAGCUGUGAAAAAUUAACGUCCAUCAUGUUGGAGACGGAGAACUCCCUCCUAACCCUAAUUAAAACAAUCCCGGCUUUCCAGAGCGUGUAUGUAGAUCUACAUUUGUAUUAUAUCCUGCUGACUGAAAGCUUGACCACAUUCUAAAAGAAGUUUGGGGAUCGGUUUGCUUGUCGUGACGCGGACGUCACGUCGUCAUCACGUGUUUCUGGUGUCAGGAAUCCCACAAGCUUCGUGCUUCUCUGGAGGAUCUGAGUCAUGUUCCUGGGUCUCUGUUGUAGUUAGUUCUAAUGUAAUUAUAGGUACUGUGGAGAACAGAACUGACCAUGUCAGACACACACACACAAAGCUUUCGGCUGUGUGUCCAUCACUUUCGCAAUAAACUUUUAAUUUUACUUUUCACAAUAUUAUAUUUAAAAAUUGUAAUCUUUUCCAGUACCUUUCAAAAACACUGUAAAAUGUGACACAUUUCUUAAUUUCACUUGAUUUUCAUGUACAUUUUUCUGCCCAUGAAAUGAGUUGUUUAGACCAAUUGACAUAAAGGAGGUGGAGUCAGUUACGGCGAAAGGGACGGAGCAUGUCAGCACAGGUCUGAACAUGGUGUAGAAAAUUACAUACUGCUGCUUUAAAAGAAGAAAAAUUAUGAUAACGUGAUCGUUCUUGUUUGAGCAGCAAUCGUCAGAUGUUUGUCAAUCAUCAGUAGCCAAUAAUAAUUCAGCAGAUUCUCAGUCAGUUUAUCGCAAAAAAAAAAAUUUUAUUUAGUGUAAACAAACCAAUACAUGCCGAGGAUCGAGCGACUGUCAGACCGCCGACACAUCUCUUGGCUGCCUGGCUGCGUUUCAGGCCCUGAAAUCUGUUUAUUCUGAAAGAGAGAAGAAACACACGCCCUCUUCUGGUCAGAAUGAAGACUGCAGGUUGGGGAUUUAUAAAGCGUAAAGAUAUUUCGUGGGUUUUUUUUUUUGUUUUGUUUUAACUCUUUACCUCCUGACUUAUUGAUCUUUUUGUUGUUUCUCUGUACAGUUUAUAAAACGAACAGAAAGAUCCAAAAUCUUAGCAAAACGAGGAACUGUUUGUUUUAUUUUUUCUCAUUUUUGUGUGUUACUUCAAUCUUAUUAAUAGUUUUGUUGUCGACCGUUGAAUACACACGAUGACGAGAAUAGGGACGUUGAAGCGUUUAAAAACGUGCUGCCCCCUAAUGGUUAAAAUGAGGAACUGCAUGAUUUUUGCUUCUUCUUUUUUUUUCCACUCGUUUGUCUUUCAUUUUAUUCGUAUCUUUUUUUAGUUAGUAUUCCAUCCACUCUUGUUGAUAUUUUUGUUGUGUAUUGCUAAUAUAAAAGAAUAAAAGAAAAAGUAUAAAAGAAAAAAAAAACGCUUAGAAACGCCCCCUUAUGGUCAAAUCAAUGAAACUACAUGUUGAAAGUUUAUAAAACAGAUUUAGUUUAUUUGUUUGUGUUUUUUCCUUUGUUUACUGUAAUCCCUGCUUUCUUACUGAACUUUUAGAAAAUGUCCGCCCUCUUAUGGUCAAACUGAGGAACUGCAUGUUGGAUGAGUUUUUUUGUUUGUUUGUUUGCUGUUUUUUAUCCCUAGACAUUUGUGAAUAUCUCAUUUAAAACCUUUUUCAGAUUUCUUCUCUUUUUUUGUGUUUUCACGCCUUUCACACUUGCAUGUUUUAUCCUUUGUGCAUAUUAUAACGUGUUAUCAUAAGUUUGAAAACCUUUAGUUUGUAUUUACAGCCUUUCUUUUUAGUCUAGUGUUAAAAAAAAAAAGCCUAGUUCUGUAGUAGCUAAACUAAUACCAACACAAGCCGUGUUUUAUUAACACCCGGACGUGUAAAUAACCUUUAGAUAUAUCUCGUUUUAGUGUUCGAUAAAUGUGAGUAAAUAAAAGUUGCUAAAUGUUACAGAAACUGGACGGAUUAGUUUUACUGUUACUGUGUUAUAAGGUUUUAUUUCCUCAAUAAAUCCAAGCAUGCGUUUUUGUAAACCUGAAGUUGUUUCUCCGUCAUAAAAAUGUCUUCAAUGUC